AUGAGAAAAUACAGACACACCUUGGACCUCUUCAAAGAUAUUUGUGAUGAGAUGGUGGCUCCGAGUCUCUCAGGCAGGAGCGAUCUCGGUCUCUCUGAACGGGAAGACUACAUCAACGCGGUCCUCUGCCUCCAGUCGCUACCGUCCAGGCAUGAUAGUGCUAAAGUUCCAGGAGCCAAGAGCAGGUUCGAUGAUUUUGUCGCAGUGCACAUCGAGAUGACGUUUUCGGUACACGGGACUGCGAGCUUCCUGGGUUGGCAUCGAGUCUACCUUUGGCUGUAUGAGAAAGCUUUGCGAGACGAGUGUGGCUACAAGGGUUAUCAACCUUAUAACAAUUGGGCCCGACAUGCUUCCGAUCCCAUAAAAUCUCCUAUCUUUAAUGGAAAUGCAACAAGCUUGUCUGGAAAUGGCGCCAAAUAUCCUUACGACGGAGUGGUUGUUGGUUUUGGUCCCUCCGGACUUAUCCCUGCAGAUGAGGGUGGCGGUUGUGACCGAUUGCUCCUGGCUCAGCUUCCCUCAAUGUACCAGCCAAUCCUCAAGCUGACGGUCUGGGCCAUAACCCUCGAUGUCUCCGACGGGACCGAAAUAGGAUCCUUUCAAAACAAAAUGCAAGGAGUUGGCCUGCAAAACGACUGGGGCGUUCAUACAGCAGGUCACUACACUAUUGGCGGAGACCCUGCAGGUGACUUCUUUGUGUCUCCCGGAGACCCUGCCUUUUACUUGCAUCACGGCAUGAUCGACCGAGUUUGGUGGAUAUGGCAAAACCAGGACCUUCCAGCAAGGCUGCGCCAAAUUUCGGGGGGCACCACAAUGGGCAACUUUCCACCGAGCAAGAAUGGAACUCUGGAUGACGAUCUCGAGUAUGGGGUGCUUGGGGACAAAUUGAAGCUAGGCAAUGCACUCGAUACUCUGGCCGGUCCUUUCUGUUAUGUCUACGUCUAG